AUGGACAACUACAGGUUUCGUGUUCCAAAGCCAAACUACCUCCCUCAUAAACUGGACAUCGACCCCGAUGGCGACAUAGUAGAGGAAUAUGUCCAGCCCCUCGGCAUUGCCAGCGAUGCGGAAAACGCAAAGUUCUACCAGCAGUGCAAACGCCUGGCCGAAUCGUCGGGCAUCACUCGCCCCAAGGGCUACAAUGUGUCCUUUCAUUGCAAUCCCGAGAUGGAGAAGCACCACUUCGGCAUGACACAUCCUAUGAAGCCCUGGCGCCUGACGCUGUCCAAGAGCCUGAUUUACUCGUAUGGCAUGUCUUUUGCCAUGGAUAACUAUCUGACCCGGGCCGCGACGUACGAGGAGCUGGCGUCUUUCCACUCCACCGACUAUCUCGACUUUCUGGGCACUGUCCUCCCGGAGGCAGUUCCUCGUGAUCUUGAGAACCAGAACCCGGACCUGAAAUACAACUUGGGAGGUUCCGAUUGUCCUUUAUUCGACGGCCUCUAUGAUUACUGCUCCAUGUCUGCCGGUAGUGCGCUUGAUGCCGCCCGGAAAAUCGUUGGCAAACAGUCUGACAUUGCUAUUGCGUGGGGUGGCGGCUUGCACCACGCAAAAAAGGCUGAGGCGUCUGGUUUUUGCUACAUCAACGAUAUCGUCAUCGCCAUUCUGGAGCUGCUGCGAUUCUACCCACGUGUUUUGUAUAUUGACAUUGAUGUACAUCACGGCGAUGGUGUUGAGGAGGCCUUUUUCUCAACCGACAGGGUCAUGACAGUCUCCUUCCAUAAAUACGACCCCAACAACUUCUUCCCCGGCACUGGCGCGUUGGACGAUAAUGGGCCUAAGAGCGAACAUAAUCCCGGAGCCCACCACGCCGUCAAUGUUCCGCUCAACGACGGUAUUACAGACGAACAAUACGACAUGCUCUUUAACAACAUCAUCGGCAAGAUUGUUGAGAAAUUCCGACCAGGCGCCAUCGCGCUCCAAUGCGGCGCCGACUCUCUCGCAGGAGAUCGCCUGGGCCGAUUCAACCUCCAGGUGCAGGGGCAUGGCGCAUGUGUUGAAUUCUGUAAGAGACUCAACAUUCCCAUGAUCCUCUUUGGCGGAGGUGGUUACACCCCCCGGAAUGUUGCACGAGCUUGGACGUAUGAGACGAGUAUAGCCAUCAAUUGCCAGGAUAAAAUCAGCCCUAUAUUACCAGAGCAUGCUCCGUGGAGAGAGCAGUUCCGCCAGGACACCCUCUUCCCAACCCUCGAACAGAUUCUAGGCGAGCCGCGACAGAAUCGCAACCCCCAGAAACGUUUGCAGGAAAUCAUUCAGCACGUCACAGAACAACUACGUUUCGUCGAGAGUGCGCCAAGCGUACAAAUGCAGAUUAUCCCUCCUGACUUGGGCAGCUUCAGAGACGACGUGGAGGAAAAAUUAAAAGAGGACCAGGAGGAGAGAAACGAACAGCUAAGAAAGGAGAGGGAAUCGGGAGUAGGAACUGCCAUGGAAUUCUAA